AUGUCCCGAGUAGAGAUCCUGAAGAAGUUACAAGCAUGGCUAGGUCUGGCGGCGAUCUUCCUGACCGGGGCAUAUACUGCUGCUCUUGAGACUUCCGAGGCUUCAUCUUCAACAGUCCAGCCGACUGCUGUAUCGGCUUGUUCUUACAGCACCUUUGCGUGCGAGCAGCUGACGUCCAAUCUGUACCCGACGCUGCUACCAUCCCCUUUGAACAGCGAAACUCCAAACCACGGUCAGAGCGCCUAUGUCGCUCUCUUGGCCAAGUACACUUACACGCAUGAGCCUCCCUUCACGACCACCGCAUCGCCGACACCCAUCCCUUCCAACGAGCUGGUCUGCCCCUCUCAGCUGCCCGCCAGACCUCUUCACGACAACACCGAGCUCAAGUUCCCUGCCAGGAUUGGGUGGGGCGUGACGGCUAGCGCAUGGCAGAUCGAGGAUGGUCUCCAAGUCGAAGCCCUCAUUUGUCGCAUUGAGAUAGGAACUUGGAUUUGUAAUCCGUCCUCGACUGAGUCCAUGUUUGCCCCUCAUCUGAUGUUGGAGGGUGCGAUCACCACACGGAGCGGGGACCCGGGAGGGCCAAAAGGCGGGGCCUUCGACGCGGUUCGCCCGAACCUGCGUCUCCUCACCGAGGCGAGCUCCGUGUUGAUUGGAAGAGGAUCGGACCUUGAAGAGGGGGACCAGAUGGCUUUAGCGGCUGUUAACAUGUCCGAGAAAGACAUGGAACGCUCCUUGUCGUGGGGCGUGUCCGGGAAGCGAUGCAUGGAAUCUAGAAGUACAAAGAAGAGCUCCAGACCUCGGUAG